AUGGCCGAGGUUGAUGUAGUAUAUAUCCUUCAAAAGCUGGUUAACUUGCUCCAUGAAGAAGAACAUCUCUUCCGUGGGUUACAAGAUCAUGUGAAAAUCAUCCUCAAACAAAUGCAAAGGCUGAUGAUGUUCUUGAACGACGUCGUCCAGUCCAACAAGGCAGAUAUCAGGGUCAGGUUAUGGUUGCAGGACGUGAGAGACGUUGCUCGCUGCAUUGAGGACCUCCUUGAGGCCUUCAUCUUCCAAGUAUCACCACUAGCGACCAAACCAGUCCCCACUUCAACAACAAGAAGAACAGAUUUCAUGGGGGACUUGAUUGCUAAGCUACGUAUUGCCAUGGCUGAUUGUCGUGGGCUUCGCAUGGAGAUCCAACAAAUCAAGAUUAAAAUUGACAACAUCGACCACCACAAGCGGCGAUACUAUGGCAUUCACGAUAUUGACUUGGGAUCCAUGACAUGGACGAGGAGGACCUCCAGCUUGAGGGAGCGGAGCUCCACGUUGUCUGCUUCUCCUUUGUCUGUGGUCGGCUUUGACUCUGAUGCAAGGACUCUGCUGGCCUUUUUGAACGACCCAGACCCACGCCUCCAAGUGAUUUCCAUCGUCGGCAUGGCCGGCUCAGGUAAGACUACUCUUGCCAAGAAAGUGUACAAUUCCACCAAAAGGAAUCGUCUCGUCAUUGAUUUUGAUAAUUCUGCAAAUUACAACAUUCACUUCGAAUGGCACCUCUGGAUAAAUGCAUGCCAAGGAUGUGAACCAUUCCAAAUUUUGGAGGACAUAGCAACCCAAAUGCUGGGGAAGAAAAAGCCAGAGAAGAGGACGAGUGUGGAAGAUCUGACCGAGGACAUCUCAGAGUGGCUGAGUAACAAAAGGUAUCUAAUGGUCAUUGAUGAUGUAUGGGACAUUGCAGUGUGGGUGACCUUGAGAGCAGCCUUACCCGCAGAGAGCGUCAAUGGUAGUAGGAUAAUAGUGACUACCCGUGAUAGAGAAGUGGCCUCAUUUCUGAAGAAUUGUAGUAGUUCCCACACCAAUCGUCACCACAAGUUACAACUCUUGGAUGAGAACAAGAGCUGGGAGCUGUUCCGUAACAACGCCUUCCCAAGAGGCCAUGAUCAUGAUUGCCCCACUGAGCUGAAGAAUUUGGGCAAACAGAUCCUUAAGAGCUGUGGUGGCCUCCCUCUUGCUAUUGAGGAAAUUGGAAAUUUCUUAUGUAGAAGAAAGAAGACACAGAGCGUGUGGUCUGCUACUGUUGAGACUCUCCAUUCACGGCCCUUCUCUCUUCUCAAGCAAAGCUCUCAACAGCUAGCAUUGAGCUACCACAACUUGCCUUGCAACUUGAAAUGGUGCUUCCUCUAUUGCACUGUCUUCCCUCCAGAAUCCGAAAUUCACUCGGGGCAACUGAUCCGAAUGUGGUUUGCAGAAGGUUUCCUACAUCCAAGAUUGGGAACCUUGACGCCAGAGGAAAUUGGGCAGGACUACCUGGACAGAUUGAUCAACAAGAAUUUGAUUCAAGCCACCAGAAAGGGACCCAAUGGGAGGAUCACAAGAUGCUGUCUUCAUCCACUGAUGCGAAACAUGGCCAUAUCAGAAGCCCGUCAGCUAGAUUUCGUCUCCCUAUACACAGAAAACGAUUUCGAAUUCCCUAUCAAAUGCAGGAGACUAGCCAUUCAUUCUAAUAGUACCGGUAAGUACAUUCCACUGGUGGUACACAGUGCCACACAUAUCAGGACUUUGGUGUGCUUGAACCAGGAUCAAACAGGUUAUCUGCUUCCAAUUAAACAGCUUGAAUUUGUUUGUGGAGGUCUCAAGUUGCUUCGGGUAUUGGAUCUUGAGUCUGUACAGAUGUCUGAGCUACUUGAUGUCAUAGGUACUCUGGUUCAUCUGAGGUACUUGGGAUUGAAAAGGGCAGGACUGAGAAAGCUUCCUUCUACCAUAUGUAGGCUUCACAACCUGCAAACCAUGGAUCUGAGGUAUAAUUCUCUGGGAAGGCUCCCAAUAGAGAUGGGCAACCUCCAAAACUUAUGGAGUCUAGACGUAAGGCAUAACCUAAUCACCAUCAUACCCAAUAGCAUAUGUACUAUUACGGGACUCAGACAUCUGAGCAUGGACGAUGAUGUGCAGUGUGGGCACCUGCAAUUCCAUACUAUAAGAAACCUUGAAAGCCUAUCAGUUGCAAGGGUCGGCAAUUGGAUCGAGAAUGGAUUCAUCAACUUAACCAAUCUGAAAAGACUGGGAAUUUAUGGGGGAUUUUAUGUAGAUUUUGAAGAACAAUUAUGGGAUACGAUUCUCAACUUGGGCAGCCUUUAUUCCUUGAAAUUGGAAGGUUUUGGAUCAAUUACAUUGCCAAAAAAUUCACAUCAGCAUCUUUGUAAGCUUCACUUGUCUGGGCGGCUCCGGAAGCUUCCUAAUCUACAUGGGUUUCUCACUGCUACGAAUAUCACUCAACUAUUGUUGUCAUGGUCAAAGCUGAAGCAGGAUCCCAUGGCGACUCUUGAGAAGAUGCCAAAGUUGAAGAUUCUGAAAUUGAAAAUGCUGGCCUAUGUGGGGAAGAGAAUGGUUUGUUCUGCAAGUGGGUUUCUGCGGCUUAGACAUCUCGAGCUUAAACAUUUGAUGAGACUCCGAGAUUGGAAGAUUGAGAAAGGAUCGAUGCCAAGGCUUGAGAGGUUGAGCAUCGGUUGGUGCCUAAAACUGAAGAUGAUUCCAGAAGGAUUGCAGUACAUGAACAGCCUUAGGGAAUUGGAGGUGUUUUGGAUGCUCCCGAGAUUUCGAGAAAGGUUAGUAAGGGACGACGGAGAGGAUUGGUUUAAGAUUCGACAUGUGAACUCUGUGGUUGUAGAAGGAACUCCAAACAAUCCUUCCCAAAUUUGA